AUGGCCACCUACGAAACCGACCCGGAGAUCGGCUUCGAUCAGGACGACCCUAGGUACUGGCAUGCCCUCCACGUCAACCUGCACCAUGCAAUCUUAGAAAAGGACAUGGCCGAAGUCAAGCGCCUGUUGAGCUUGGGAGCCGACAUCAAUCUCAAAACUGAGCAUGGCUACACUGCACUGGAUUGGGCGGACCAUCUGAAGAACUUGGAAGUCGCCAAGUGCCUUCUUCAGACCAUGAACAUAAAAUUGCACGGAUAUGUCGAAAUCCUCAAGUAUAUCCGUGCCAAACGCCCGAUCAUUGUGCGCGCUCUCCUGGAGAUGGGGGUCACUGACAUGCUCACCAAAAACAAGCGUUUCCACAGAGGUUUGAUCCUGCAAGCUUGCCGGAUCGGCCAUCCGACUAUACUCCAGAUGCUGAUCAACUGCAUUCCCGGCUACAUGAUAACCGACUACAAGCAAGUGUACCUGCAAGUAGCGGCGUCUGAGCAUAACGACGAUGUCCUGGAAAUACUGCGCGCGAGGGCUCGUCAGGAAGAGGCGUGGAGAAAGAACUACUUCAGGCCCAAGACCUCUGUGACCCCGGUUCAGCUGCCGCCAAGAGACCUAGAGUACGAGAAGAUCUUCGAUGAGUACAUCAACCCGGACGCGUAUCUUCCCUGA